ACGGUAGUAUCGAUCUCCGGCACCCAUACCUUCAAGAGGGGUUGCUCCUUCAGAGAGUUGAGGAGGGGGGGCAAAGAGAACGAGAAAGAGAGAGAAACAAGUAACUUUUCGCAUCUUUGGGAAGCCUUGCAGAAGGACUCGCUGCAUUUCGGAUUUGUAACUUGCUUUCAUCUAACGCGGAGCUAUUACUGUUUGCAUUGUUCACUGGAAGAUUGAAAAGGCUUCUGUGCCGGUUGUGAGUUCCUCUUCCAAAAAUGAAGCCACUACAGGGACCCUUGCUGCUUCUCCUAAUGAUUGUAGCUUGCUCGCCCAAGCAGAUUCAAGACGCCGGAGUGGAUGGGGUCUUUGACUUGUUCGACAUCACGGGGCUCACUCGUAAAAAUGUCGGGGUGCAUAUGGUCAGGGGACCGGAGCCCAGCAGCCCGGCUUACAGGAUCGUGAACCCCGAGACCAUUGCCCCGGUUUCCGACAACAGCUUCAGUGACCUGAUCGACCACAUCCAACAGGAAAAGGGAUUCAUCUUCCUGGCGACCCUACGCCAGAUGAAGAAAAGCCGGGGUACCUUGGUGGCGAUCGACGCCCCGGGGGGGACGCGAAUCUUCGAGAUCCUGUCCAACGGCAAAGCGAACACGCUGGACCUGACCAUCACCGUCGCCGGCAUGCAGAGCAUGGUGUCCAUCACCGAUGCUCACCUGGCCAAUGCCCGCUGGAAAAACCUCACCCUGUUCGUGCAGGAGGAUGUGGCCACCCUCUACGUGGGGUGUGAGAAGGUCAACAGGGUGGAGCUGGAGGAGGCUAUUCACAAAGUGCUGAGGCACGGGGACUACAAAAUGAGGCUGGCAAAAGGAGGAACGGGUCUCAGGAACGACUUCCAGGGAGUUCUGCAGAAUGUGCGUUUUGUGUUUGGGACCAACAUGGAAACCAUCCUGAUGAACAAGGGCUGCUACAGCUCCUCUCGAGGGAUUCUCUCUUUGCCUAUUGGGGGCUCUGAAAGUCCAGCCAUCAGAACCAAUUUUUACGGUCACAAAACCAAAGAUCUUCAGAUGGUCUGUGGCAUCUCCUGUGAGGAACUGUCCAACAUGUUCACCGAACUCCAGGCUCUCAGAACCAUGGUCACUCAGUUGGUUGACAAUGUCCAAAAAGUGACUGCAGAAAAUGAAUUAAUUGCACAGACGAUUGGAAUCAAGCCGAUAGGAGGAUGUAUUCACAAUGGCAUGACCUACAAAGACAAGGACCAAUGGAAAGUGGACAACUGCACAGAGUGCACUUGUCAGUCGUCGAUCACCUUUUGCCAAAGGAUUUCCUGCCCUACUAUAUCAUGUGCUGUCGCUGUAGUCCCAGAUGGGGAAUGUUGUGCCCGAUGUCCAUCAAUUCCAAGUGAAUCUGAGGCUGGCUGGUCUCCGUGGUCUGAAUGGACACAUUGUUCUGUCACCUGUGGAAUUGGAACCCAGCAGCGAGGCCGCUCCUGUGAUCGGAUUAAUAGCGACUGUCAUGGGACCUCUGUUCAGACUCGCAGCUGCCAUUUAGAAGAAUGUGACAAGAGAUUCAAACAGGAUGGUGGUUGGAGUUAUUGGUCCCCUUGGUCAUCAUGCUCAGUGAGCUGUGGAACCGGUGUGAUCACUCGGAUCCGCCUGUGUAACUCCCCAAUGCCACAAAUGGGUGGCAAAGAAUGUGUGGGACAGAAGAGAGAAACUGAAAAAUGUGAACAGGUCCCAUGCCCAAUUGAUGGAAACUGGGGUGUCUGGUCACCAUGGAACUCUUGUUCUCUCACCUGUGGGAGAGGAGUACAGGAACGUACACGUCUUUGCGACAGCCCAGCACCUAAAUACGAAGGCAAAAACUGUGUGGGUAAAUCGAGGGAGAGUCAGCUAUGCAACAAACUAGAGUGCCCAAUCGAUGGAUGUAUAUCAAAUCCAUGCUUUGCGGAAAGCAAAUGUACCAGCUUUCCAGAUGGCUCCUGGAAGUGUGGUCCCUGCCCUCGUGGUUACAAAGGAGAUGGCAUUCACUGUGAGGACAUUAAUGAGUGCACUGAGGUGCCUGACACCUGCUUUCAAGUCAAUGGAGAGCAUAGAUGUGAAAACACAGAGCCAGGUUACAACUGUCUGCCCUGCCCACCACGAUACACUGGUGCUCAACCAUUUGGCAGAGGCAUCGAGGAGGCUACAAAGAACAAGCAGGUCUGUGAGCCACGUAACCCCUGCAAAGAGGGAACACACAACUGCAACAAGCAUGCCAAAUGUAUUUACCUUGGUAUCUUCAGUGACCAGAUGUUCCGCUGUGAAUGCAGGCCUGGCUUUGCUGGCAAUGGCAUCAUCUGUGGAGAAGAUACUGACUUGGAUGGUUGGCCAAAUGAAGACCUCACCUGUGUAAUCAAUGCUACUUACCACUGUAAAAAGGACAAUUGUCCAUUCCUCCCCAACUCUGGACAAGAGGAUCAUGAUAAGGAUGGAACUGGUGAUGCCUGUGAUAACGAUGAUGAUAAUGAUGGCAUUCCAGAUGAGAGGGACAACUGUGCAUUCCUGUUUAAUCCUCGCCAAUAUGACUAUGAUCGGGAUGAUGUCGGAGAUCGUUGUGACAACUGCCCUUACGAUCAUAACCCUGACCAGGCAGACACUGAUGCAAAUGGAGAGGGAGAUGCCUGUGCCAUAGAUAUUGAUGGAGAUGGCAUUCUGAAUGAGAAGGACAACUGCCCAUAUGUGUACAAUGUUGACCAGAGGGAUACAGAUUUAGAUGGUGUUGGUGAUCAGUGUGAUAAUUGUCCACUAGAACACAAUCCAGAACAAACCGAUUCAGACUCUGACCUGGUGGGCGAUAAAUGUGACAAUAACCAGGAUAUCGAUGAAGAUGGUCACCAGAACAAUCUGGAUAACUGCCCCUACAUCCCCAAUUCCAACCAGGCAGAUCACGACAAGGAUGGAAAGGGUGAUGCCUGUGAUCAUGAUGAUGAUAAUGAUGGUAUUCCUGAUGAGAAGGACAACUGUAGGUUGAAAGCCAAUCCUGACCAACUUGAUUCUGAUGGUGAUGGCCGAGGAGAUGCUUGCAAGGAUGAUUUUGAUGGGGACAAUAUCCUGGAUAUCUAUGAUGUUUGUCCUGAGAACUUUGAGAUCACUGAGACCGACUUCCGCAAAUUCCAAAUGGUACCACUGGAUCCUAAAGGAACAUCCCAAAUUGACCCCAACUGGGUGGUCAGACAUAAAGGCAAAGAGUUGGUACAGACUGUUAAUUGUGAUCCUGGCAUUGCUGUAGGUUAUGAUGAAUUCAAUGCUGUGGACUUCAGUGGUACUUUCUUCAUUAAUACUGAACGAGAUGAUGACUACGCUGGAUUUGUAUUUGGGUACCAGUCCAGCAGUCGCUUCUAUGUGGUAAUGUGGAAACAAAUCACACAGACAUACUGGCUUGAUACACCAACCAAAGCACAGGGAUAUGCUGGACUCUCUAUCAAAUUGGUGAACUCAACAACUGGCCCAGGAGAGCACUUGCGUAACGCACUCUGGCACACUGGGAAUACAGCAGGACAGGUUCAAACUUUGUGGCAUGAUCCUCGCAACAUUGGUUGGAAGGACAGGGCUGCUUACAGAUGGCAAUUAACCCACAGACCCAAGACUGGAUUCAUCAGAGUUGUAAUGUAUGAGGGGAAAAAGAUCAUGGCAGACUCUGGGGCCAUCUACGAUAAAACCUAUGCUGGUGGACGAUUGGGUCUUUUUGUCUUCUCUCAAGAAAUGGUUUACUUCUCUGAUCUCAAAUAUGAGUGUAGAGAUUCGUAAUGUCAGCAUUCCUGGAUGUGGAAAUGUUUAAAAGAUGGUGUUGCACCUUUCUCUUUUCUUGGAACAAAUCCUGGGACCAUAGUUUCCUUCUUCCUUGUUUUCCCUUUUAUUUGUGGAAUCAAAAGCACACGGACCUUAUCAGCUGAUAGAACUCACUGGAUCUUAUCAACACAAAAAAUACAGCAACAAGUCUGCAAAGGAAUUGCUCCCCAUGUCACAACUGACUUAUAGUAACUUGUUUUUUUGCUUCUGAUGAGCGCAAAUUGCAAUCACAUUAAUAACACCUCUGAACCGUCUGGAAUGAGCUUUACUCAGCAAGUCGUCAAGACAUUCCAGUCCUACGACAUCUCAUAGCUGGAGGUCCCAUGGAAGGAGAUUGCACGCUGUUAAUGAGACUAUCUCUGCUGUGGACAGUUAUUUAAUAUUAAAAGAGGGCCAUAUAUGGUGAAAAGAUAAAUGGGGUUUAAGUGAACAGUGUAAAAAGAAUUUACAAAAUGGUGGGGAGAAGAACUGUAGGAUCUUUCCUAUUUGUGAAAAAUGUUUGGAAGAAACCAUGGAGGAACUGUUACAUUUUCUUUUUGUACUGGACCUUAUUUGUUUCUUUGUCAAUAAAUUGAUAUUACUCACAUAGUGCAAAUGCUAGCAGCACAUGAAAAGUGAAAAUCUAAUUUCCCAAAUCACUCCCCCAAAACAAGUCAGUCCUCUAGAUACGUGAUGACCAAAGUAAGCCAGAGGGUGGAGCAUGUAUCUUCAGGUCCUGUUGCCAAGAAGAAAAGUGGAAGAUCAGACAUAGCCAUGGUUCCCACAAAAUGGCACUGCCAUCAGCUGGUGCUUUUAUUCCAAGUAAAGCUAGUCUGAUGGUAUCAAGCAAGAGCAGUCCAAGAGCACUCUCUUCAGCAUCUAUGCUGGCCUCAUGGAAAGGGCAUUUGCUUUGAAUACUAUGGUUAGAAAGGCACAAGCAGACAGUUGAAAGAGAUUGUUCCUCUCUUUAACUAAUGUUUGCCAAAAUGGCAAAUUGUUCUGCCUGUAGAUAAAAAAAAAAUACAAUUGUUAAUGUCGUCGAUUAUUUAUUUUCUUAUCCUGGAUGAAAUGAGAUUGAAGGACACUUUAAAAAGAAAAAUGGCGGCAGACUAUCCAUGAGAGUUUAUCACUAGUCUUUGUGUGCAUUGUAAGAUUGUAAAUACAAUUAUUUAUUAACAUUGUUCUAUAUUGAUGCUAGCUAGUUUAGGAUAUUUUUGUUCGUUUGAAAGUUGUGUCCUACUUGUUGUUUGAAAAGGACAGCCCGUGGUGAGGCUGAAAAUGGGAGACUCUUUGAGUCUGUAAGCAGUGUGUUUCUUGCGGGCUUUAGGAUGCAGUUCUCUUCAUUCUGCUUAACAACAGAGUAGCCCUCUUAAGAGCCUAGAAGCUGUUUUUUUUAUUCUCUCUUCAAACACUUGUGCCUUGGUACACGUGGAUCGAUAUCUUUUCCAAAAAGUGAAAAAGGUGAAACUUCUCUAUGUACAAAUAUUACCUCAUUGUUGUAUGAUUGAUAAGAACCUUUGGAUCAAGCAGCAGAAAACCUUGCUCACGUGUCUAAAGUCUCUCGAAGCUACUGUAGUAUAAAAAAAGGCUGUGUACAUAGUCAAAAAUUUAUUUUUGCAGAAGAAAAAUGUAUUGCCCCAGUAAGGAAACAGCAUCGAAAACAACAGAUUUUUCUCAUGCUGCGGGGUGUUGGUUAAUUCUCCCCAAACGUCCUGUACGACAUUGCUCUUUUUUAAAAACAAAUGUUUGUAUAAAUUAUUGAGUUUUUCAGUUGCAACUUGUAACAUUUAAGCAGGUAAACAAAUCUCAUUAUUUUGUAGAUAAGCUAUUUAAGUAAUUUAUCAGAAAAUGUUACCUAGAGUUAGUGUUUCUGUCUGUAUGACACCUUUUGCACACUGAAUUGAAGAUGUUGCUUUUUUACAUACCUUUUUUUAAUCAUUAGCAGUUGCUUCUUUUGUACACCCCUCUAACCAUUUUACAUUUAAAGCUGUUCAAGACAUACAGUGCUGUUUGUGACAAAUAUGAAAUGACAAUAAAAUGUAUAAAAAUCUA